AUGAUACAGGGAACAGCUAGACGAUUCAUAUCUAGAUCAGUAUCAUCAUCGACGACAUCAUCAUCAUCAUGUAGCAAUAGAUUAUUACUAUCUAUUUCAAAUCAUGAUAGUAGCAUACCCCUUCGAUCAACCACUUGUACCAACUCAAAUAAUAUAACAUAUACUACAACAACAACAACAACAACAACAACAACAACAACAACAAAACAAUGUACACAUUUAUUACUUGAUAGUAAUAAUACUAAAAUGAUAACAACAAAGAGACAGUAUGGUAUCAUGUCACGGCUGACUAGACUAUUCUCAAGUGAGAUUGAUAUCAUCUUUCAAACUCUUACAGAAGAUUUUGAAAAGGGUGCUCCUAUGUUUAAACAAUAUAUAUAUGACUUGGAGUCAACUGAAAAACACUCAGAGAUUAAUUCAAUGUUGGUCAAGGUCGCACAGAUGGAUCUGUCGAUGGAGCAAAAGGGGGUGUUGUAUCGGACGGGUCUCGAGUAUUAUAGGGACUUUGGACAAGACCCGCUGAUGACCAUCAUGAUCAAGCGAUACGAUUUCCAAGGUAUCGACCUGGACGAAGCGUCAAUGGAGAUUAUAUACGCGUUUCAUAUGCGACGUGGACCGCGGUCGUGGAGCACCGAGACGAUUGUCGAUUACCAGAAUAUUGGUUUGUUGCAAUACUGUCUCGAGAAAAAGGCAGAGGAGGGUGUCGUGCACAUGCAGGCGUUUCUCAAGAGUGUGUUUGCGUGCAAGGAUUCGAGACACUGGGUUUCACGGUUAUGUGUGGUGAAUCAGUUGUUGGUGGGUGGCGAUAACCCCGUCAACAAACUGAUAUUUAACGAGUUGUUGGCGAUGAUUAAAGCGGCUGAAAAGGACACGCAGCGUUCGUUGGUCGGUCGUAUGACACCGUGUGGAGUUGGCCAUGUGGUGGUUGUCGCAGGCACCACUAGAGUACAAGAUAAGGGCGCAGUAUGCGUUGCGCGAUAUGGAGGCGUACUGCCAAGAGAAGCUGCAGGCGACGCCGGCAUCGGACGUGCAUGGACAGCGGUUCUACCAAGUGCUGUAUUUGAUUUGGCAGCGACUGCGUCACAACUCGGGCCUGCAUCGUCAGCCGACUCCCAAGACACCCGUCGACCCGUAUUUGGAGGAGCUGUCGGAACGCGUGAUGCAGCGCGAUCUUGCGGCGGCGCCGGCGUCCGAGCGGGAGGACCCGCACCCAUACCCGCUGCGCGGGUACCGAUCGUGCUCGGCGUCGGCGGGGACCGUGUCGGACGUGUUGACGGGGUUGAAGCGCAAGCAGACGCGUAUGGCGGCGGUCGACAGCACGCUGCGUCACCUGCUCGUCGAGCACGGCGGGUUCCCGACGCUCGAGGUGCUGUUUAUGCUAGCCAACCAGCCGUCCACCCACCUCGACGAGAUGCUGACGGUGAUGCCCGACUACGUCACCGCGUUUAUGGCGACCCCCUCGCCGUUCUUCCAGACCGUGCUCGAGCUCAACCUCAACGCGGCGACGAUGGUGUUGGGCAAGCACCCGGCCAUCGCCGACAGCCUGCUCGACGAGAAUCUGCUCGAGUAUGUGACGCCCGGCGUGCUCAAGCUCAACUCGAUCGACCUCAUCACCAACUCGACCCUUCCCCCAUCUUCCCACCACCUGUCUGUGAUCGCGAGUACGAGAUCAAUCGUCCAACCCCUGAAACCAUCCGAUUCCUCGACCGUGUCCUAGCCUCUUCACAAGCCGACUUCAAAACUCCCUACAAUCCCAACAACUCUGAACACUCAUCAGCACUCCGACAACAUCAAGUUGAUGAUUAA